AUGGAUGACCAACAAGAGCAGGAUUGUGCCUCAGAAGACCAAGAAACUAUCCUGAUUAAUGGGGUGAAAGAAAAUGAAUCACACGCCCUGGACGGCGAUGAGAGGCCUUGCUCCGCCGCCGACGCCGCGGUCACGUUCUCAGCCUUGACGACAGCUCAGAAGGAAAACCACGCGUGCCACCGGGCGCUGCCUCCCCUGACGUCCAAGAAGCCCUGCUUGCUGAGCCCCCCGUCGCCGCUGCGGCUCACGGAUGUCCCCGAGCACGCCUCGGAUGACUCCUCUGCCCACGCCAUCUCCCUCACGUCCUGCGUGACGAAGGGCAUGAGCUCCUGGUCGCUGCCGGGCGACUGCGAGAAGGCUCCUUUCACCAUGAUGGAGCCUGGAGGCAUGUCAGCGUUGACGGGCGACUGCUUGAUGCAGCCGAGCCGGACCUGUCUGGGCUGCUUUAUUGAAUCAAAGGACGGCAUUGAUGCAGAGCCGGGAAUAAGCUUGAAAGUGGGGGAUAUAAAUAGGGAUUAUGACACCUGUUCAGUCUCUGAUAUAGGGAUUCACUGCAUGAGCACAGGAGAAACCAUGAGAUAUGGGGAUCAACUGCUUUCAGACCAGCUUUUAAGCUUCCCUAUGCAUAAAUCGAGGGCAGCGGACAAAAGAGAUGCAGAAAAAUCUGACAGUGAUUCAGAGGACCCCACUCAGAAAAAUUAUUACGAGGGAUUACUAUUAGACAAAUGCAAUGGUGAGGAACCUUUACUAACAAAUCCCAACCAGGAAUGGGGCUAUUUUGAAUCUUUCAUUAGUGAAAGUAAAAUUGAGCUGCUUGACCUCUGCUCCAAAAAUGAGCUUUCUGUAAAUCUGUUUUCUGAGGAAGAUGUGGAUAAUUACAUGUUCGAUGACGACGAUUCCACCUUGGGAAGCGAUGUCUGCUCCCUAAAGAUUAGAUACGAAUCUUUCCAGGACAACGUGCGAGAGAAGACCACCACUCUACAGGAGGAUGCCCAGUUCAACUUCUUCCCCAGCGUGUUUGGGAACUGCACCAAAAGGGACAGCAGGAGCACCCUGAAAAGGGGGCCCAGCGGUGCCACAGACCCUUCUCAAUUCAAAUCUGAAGAAGGCAUCAUCUGGGGGGAGGAGGAGGAGGAUGGUGAGGAAGAGGACGGCGAGGAGGAGGAAAAAGCUGCCUUAAAUAAAUCUUGCAACAGCACGGAGAUGGUGCAGUACGUGGGCUCCAAGAGGAGCCACUUCUUGGACUCGGUGAAUUCCACGGAAGACUCCGGGGAGUUCAGUGAUGACAGCACUUGCACGGAGUCCUCCUACGACGUGCUGCGGGAUAUCAAGGACUGCAGCCGGUACCUGUCCCGGGACCACUCCGGCUCCUUCAUUCAGCAGAACUAUGGGUUGCGGGCGAAGAGGAAAGUGCGAUACAGCGACGACUACCUGUACGAUGUGGACUCCAUUGAGAACGAGAAGAUCCUGGACAAGAAGGAGUGGCUCCCAGAUGGGCCCAAGGAAGAGGAUGAUGAUGAGUGGUGCCCCAAGAAACGGCGAAAAGUCUCUCGCAAGGAGCCCCCCGUUAUCAUCAAGUACAUCAUCAUUAACAGGUUUAAAGGGGAGAAGCAUAUGCUGGUGAAGCUCAGCAAAGUGGAUGCCAACGAGACAACUGUUACCCUAAACGAGGAACUGCUCAGCAAAUACAAGAAGCUGGCCCCACUGAAGGGCUUCUGGCAAGAGAGGCAGCAGAGCCGGCUGGAUUUGCUCAGAUCGUCUCUCUACCACAAGCAGAAUUUCUAUCUUAACGGCUCAGAUGCUUCAUUCCUCCCUCACCCACGGAAGCGAAAAUGCAAGCUAGCAAACAGGCACCGGAUUCAAAGAAUUAAAGCCAUCGAGCAGUCAGUGAACAAGCUGGGCUCUUGCUCCUCUGAUCACAAGCAGCCUUGCAGCAGUAAAGAGGACGCAGGCCUGAAAGGGCUGCCGACGUUGGCCAUCGCUACCCCCAGCUGCGCCAACGGAUUGCACGUGCAUGACAUCCCGGGCAUCGCUGCCGUGAAAUGCAAACCCCAGGAUCGGGAGCACAAGGGGACGGAGAGGAAAGUGCUCCGCAGAAUCAAAUUCAAAAGUGAAGCCAGGUUGAAGUGCAAGAAGAUCAAAGCUGCUACCAGCACAGCGGAGGGUUCCCCGGCGCUGGAAAACCAGGACUCUGCAGCGCGUCUGAAGGACGAAAACAUACCCUGUGCUUCAGACAGCUCCCAUCUCCCGGAGUGCCACGAGGAUAAGGUUGCUAAAAAUUCUCCUUUCCUACCAUCCACCUCCUCUUCAGACAAGCCUCUGCCAUCUGCUAAUAUCACCACCAAUGUACCCCUGAUCCCCGGAGGGUAUCUGCAGACGUUGUUAGAUGCUUCUGAUUUGUCGAGCAACACCGGUAUCUCAUACUUCACCCAGCAUCCCUCCGAGCAGCAGCAGCAGCACCCGCUCCCCAGCAUCGUCCCAGCGGAAAAGCCCUUCCCGGCCCUGCAGCCGGCGCAGAGCUGUGUGCUCUCCCCACCCUCCGAGUCGGAGCUGCAGCAAUCUCCUGGCCACUUGGAGAUGGAGCAGAGCAGCUUCGGUAGCAUGUGGCCGGGUGCCGAUGGCCUCCCUGCCUCUGGAUACACUCAAGUCACUCUGAACAACGGCAAAUUGCUUUACCAAAAAAAUUACAUGCCGGAUAACCAACAAGUGCAGUCUGAUGAUUCCUAUCAGUCAUGUCAUUUUAAUAAUGGAGAGGGGCGCUUUCAUUUCCAGCGAGGUACACUGAGUACAGAUGAUGGCAGGCUCAUUAGUUUUGAUUCAGUGGGUUCAUUGUCAGUUAGUUCUAGCAAUUACAGUUCUUUAAGUUUAAAGUCUUGCGAAAAGGACGGCGAGGAUGAUAUUAAUGAUGAUUUCUUGGCCCACUGCAGUCCCAAGCUAGUGAUCCAGCAAAGCAUAGAUGAAAUCAGCCCGUUGAAGGAGUCCACGGACCUUUUAGACAUUUCCAACUUCACGCCUGAUAGGUUCCGCCAGUCGUCGCUUUCGGAGAUGUCCCCUCCGGACACCCCCAACCUGUCCCCGCAGAUAGCUGGCUCCGACGCCAAGCCUCUGGGCACCCUGAAGGGCUUUCAAGAGAGCCCCCAGGCUGCCCUCAACAGCUCCGAGAAGGUCAAGUGGAACUGUGGGGUCCUGCAGAGCGAGGAUCAGGCAGAUAAUGGGUUUGCUUUAAAUAAUCACCAGUUCCAGUUCCAUAUGUUCAACGAUGAAGAUUCUGUCAGCCUUCUCGAAAAGAGUCCAUGCUUGUCAACAUUUAAUGAGCCAUCUGGUCAAAUUAGCACCAAUAGCAAAGUGUCAAAAUCGAAGAGGAAAAGUUCAUCCAGCAAGAAUGUGGGUACAAACCAAAGCUCUUCCCCGAAAGCCACCCGGAAAAAAUCACCCAAAAGCAACAAAGGAACGGAUAAGCCGCCAGGGAAAAACUCCAGGCAAGCACCCAAAUCCACCAGGAAAGGGAAAAAUGCAGUGGGAGUCAACGGCGAGAAGGCUCCGGCUGUUGGCAGCAGGGUGGUCAAUCAGCUGAGCAACGUGGCCACCGCCACCAAGGGCCUUGCCGAGAGCUCUCAGCACUGCAGCCCGGCCGGGGUGAAGCUGGGCAAGCACAAUGGGCUGUCCGGAGAGUGGGCACUGGGAAAAGAGGGGAGCACGGGCUGGUCGGAAGCCAGCUUGGGCAAUGCCACCAGCCUCCUGGACGACGAUCAGCGGGAAUUUGAGGAACCUUCCAACAUCCUGUCCAACAUUGCGUCGGGAAUGGCGGAUGUCCAGAGGUUUAUGAUGGCCUCCAUUGAGCCCUUGUGGGGGCCUGUUAGCCACAACAGCGUUCCAGACAUAUUCCGGUCACCGGAAUCCAACAGCCUGAAACUGAAAACUCUUAAGAUUUUGGCAGGGACAUCCCAAGAGUCAAAGAAGAAGGUGAACGGUGCCUCGCCACCAGCAGCCAAGAACCACAAGUCAAACAACAAGGGCUCAAGCAAAAACGGCAAAGCCGCAACCUGCGAUCCCGGUCGUCCCAACUGCUCAACCGGGUUCACCACGGACAUUCCCACUCCCUUUUUUGAUAAAAACUAUAGUAACCUGAGCACUUUAGGCAAUAAUGGACCUACCCAUAAAAAACUCUAUCGCCACAAAUCCAGUUCGAAAUCACUGCGGGAUGAGAACUGUAAAAUCAAGCGAACGGAGCGCGAACAGCCCCACAAGGACCCCCCCGUGACAGCUGCUUUUGAGAAACUGAGGGAAUCAGACUCCAUUCUUCUUAAAGCAGAAACAACAGUUUUGGGUUUUCCUGUAUUUGAAGAAGAGACUCCCUUUUCUAGAAAGACGGUUGAUGUUUGUUUCCUUUUGGUUUCCUUUUUGGGUUGGGUUUACUUUUUGGUUUCCCAUCGGUUCCUUUUCGAAAUCUGCCUUGUGGUACGUUGAAAUGUAAGUGCUGAAAUGAAGAGUUUGAAAUUGUGGGAAUUUUAUUCUUUGAAAGCAAAACCUAAUCUGGUAUUCUCUGUGAAAGACUGUUUUAAAAGUCAUACUGUUGUACAGUAGUUUAUGCACUAUUACCCACAACAACAAAACAAUUGUGCCAAACUAUGAACAAGUGACUGUAUUGUAUAUAUUUUUACUUCUCUAUCAACAUUGGGUUGUGAGUGUUUUCUGCAGCUAUGCCUUUUGGUUUUACUAGAAACAUUCCAGUUGUUAAGUACUAACCACCCCCCUUUGAAAGCACCUGUAACUCACGAGGAAAACGAUAUCGUUCACUUCUACAACUUACCAAAAGUUUUAUGGACAUGACUAAAAGUGUGCCAAAUUUACUUACCUCAUUUCAUGGAUUCACCCUGUGGUUUAAAGCUCAUAAAGGGAAAAAAAAAAAAAA